AUGAUAAUCCAAGCUCCAAACCGGAAUUAUCCUUGCUGGGGCUUCCCUCAGCCAUCAUCGUCCCCUCGUCUUAACCCAUCUCCAUGGGCCUACCACUUUCAACCGGGCCCGAACCAAGUCGGUCGCCCGGGCCACCCCUACCCAUCACCGGGGGCGGCGCAACCCGGCGACGAGCCCAACGAACCCACUGCUCCACGCAAGCCAUACGCCUACCCCGGGCCCGCCAGAGGACACCCACCAUACACUUUGCCAAUCGCGCCCGAGGGACAAGCCCCAUACCCGUUCCCGGGCUAUACGCAUCAGCCCCACGCUUACCCAGGCCCCGCCGGCCGCAAGCCUUACCCUUCACCCUGGGGCGACGAAGACGCCGAGAGACCCGAGCCGUUCCCGCGCCCGUACCCAUUUCCCGAGUUCCAGCAGAGCGCGAAGGGUGGGGGUGCCCGUGGCGGCUUCGAAGCACCACAUUCCUGGGCGUGCCCCUACUCCUACCACACUCACCACACACCCUACACCUUUCCCGGUACCACAUGUGUGCAAGAUAAUCCGAACGUGGACGUGGAUGUGGAUGCGUUCGACACUGGCGAGGCUGUCGUGAUUCAUGUGAAUCUGUCCGGCGCGAAGAAAGAGGAUCUCUCGGUCCAAGAGGACUCCAAGGUCUCCGGGACGAAGGUGAAGGGUGAGGCAAUUUCGGCGAAGUGGAAGGAUGGGGUGCUUGUUAUUGAAGUGUCCAAGACCAAGAAGGAUGAUGGGGAAGCUGAGUGA